AUGGAUGAUAAUUCCGAUGAACCCCAGUUUUUGUUGAAUCCAGUGGAAAGAGUGCCUGAUAAUUCCGGUCAAUCCCAGUUAUUGUUGAAUCCAGUGGAAAGAGUGCCCUUUACGUGGACUGUGCCCGAUUUUGCGAGGCCUCGCCUUUUACAAGUAUGGGAAAAUUUUGUAGUGAAGCAUGGUUGUACGAAAUGGUUGCUCGUAUUGUAUCCAAAAGGAGUAGAUGAGACAAGUGAGGAUUACGUUUCCUUGUAUCUCGGCUUGCUAAAUAACAGCAAAAAAACAAAAGUAACAGCCGACUUUGAAUUCCGUCUGAUGAAUGUUGACAAUAAAACCGAAAGAACAAUGAAAUUUCGACGGCCUAAAACCUUUGUCAAGGGACAAAAAAGGGGCUUCGUGAGGUUCUUCAGGCGCUUCGAUUUGUUCAAUAGAUCCCAGGAGCUCCUACCAAACGGCGAACUUACCAUAGCAGGUCAGAUUAUAAUUUACUUGGAUCCUGAGCCCAAUAUUCCAGAUCAAGCCGAGCCAUUACUUGAGUCGGAGAUGGCCAAGUAUUAUACUAACUUAUUCGAAAACCAGAAACUUACCGAUACUACCUUUUUGAUUGGAGACAGAGCGGUUAAAGCUCAUAAAGCCAUUUUGGCUCUCAGAAGCGAAGUGUUUCGAGCCAUGUUCGAAUGCGACAUGCUGGAAAAAUUUACCAGCACAGUGUUAAUAGUUGAUAUUGAAUAUGACGUCUUCAAAGCUAUGCUACGUUUCAUAUACACAGAUGAACCUCCAAAGUCAGACAUGGCUAAAGAGCUCUUGAUGCCUGCGGACAAAUACGAUCUGAUGCACUUAAAAUCCAUAUGUGAAGCCGAAAUGUCAAGAAAUAUGACCAUAGAACACUCGGCAGAAGUGUUAUAUUUAGCAGAUUUACACCGGUGUGAUAUUUUAAAGCACCACGCAAUAGAUUUUAUUGUUACCUUUGCCCAAGAUGUUACAAAUACAGAAGGAUGGAGAGCCCUGGAAAGAAUUCAACCACGUCUUUUUGCCGAGGCCAAUGAAGAGAUAAGGACCAGGAUUAUUGUAUGA